UCGCUCCCGUUCAAGUUUUUCGAAGAGGCGUUUCCCCCGACAUGCCAAGACAGCAUCCUGACGGAGGCGCACCAACAAGUACGUCAACUUCUGUGCCGACGAGACCAACCCUUCCCCGCUUCAGCAGCCCCGGCAUCGAAAGAAGAAGACCAGGACGGGGUUGUCGUACGUGCCUUCGGAGGACCGUCCUGACGGAUCCAAAGUCUCACCGGAAGCACCUGAACGGAGUGAUGGGCAUCCUUAUCUCUGCGGGGAUCACCCAGAAGCGUAGGCUGACGGACCACUUGGGAGUAGGGGACCACGACAACUACCCUCUUGUCCGAAAGUGCAUGCCUCGCGACCUCUUCACGCUCUUCUACUGCCGGUACUUCCACAUGGCUCCAGUCAUCGAGGCUCUCUCCAAGAAGCAUCCAGAGUACGAUUCCAAGCAUCACAUCAGAGCACUCGAAGACGCACUGAACACAUGCUGGAGCUCUCUGGUGGAGCUUGGAGGGUGGGUGUCGUAUGACGAGCAGAUGGUGAAGAGCACGGCGAGAGCUAUGCACGGGCUGAUGAGAUUCAACCCUCAGAAGCCCAUCAAACACGAGCACUCGAAGACGCACUGA